CGGAGCCUCUGGGCUCGCGCGUGGCUGGCGCAAGACCCGCCCUUCUGUGUAGGGCUCGCGAUUGCUGGGGUCGGGGGAGCUACGGGGCUCACGGCGGGAAUCGUGCGCGGUAGGGGGUGAAGGGAGCUGCAAGGUUUGGAGCCACUCGCGAGGAGGCUGAGGGCUUCCGGGCACGGAGCGGUGGCUACUAUGUUCAGCCACCAGCAGCAGCUACAGCAGCAGCAGCUGUUGCAACUCCAGCAGCUGCUCCAGCAGCAGUCCCCGCCCCAGGCUCCGCUGCCCAUGGCUGUGAGCCGCGGCCUCCCCCAGCAGCAGCCCCAGCAGCAGCUCCUGAACCUCCAAGCCACGUCCCUCCUCAAUGGCUCCAUGCUGCAAAGAGCUUUGCUUUUGCAGCAGUUGCAAGGACUGGACCAGUUUGCAAUGCCGCCAGCCACGUAUGACAGUGCCGGUCUCACCAUGCCCACAGCAACAAUGGGCAGCCUCCGCAGCUACCACAUGGCGACCCCUAGCCUGACAGCCCCCAGCAUUACACCGCCCCAGCUGGGGCCACCCAGUUUGCAGCAGUUCUUUCCCCAGGCCACUCGCCAGUCUCUGCUGGGUCCCCCUCCUGUUGGGGUCCCCAUGAACCCCUCUCAGCUGAACCAUUCAGGGAGAAACCCCCAGAAACAGAGCCGGACCCACUCCUCUACCACCCCCAAUCGCAAGGAUUCUUUUUCUCAGACGAUGCCCGUGGAAGAUGGGGCAGACCCCCAAGAGGGGUCUGAAGAAGCCGAAGAGCCUGGAAUGGACACGCCCGGAGGAGAGGGAGAUGAAGAUUCGCCCCGCUGUCCAGAUGGCAUCUUGAGUGAGAAACGCACACCCACACCAGAGCCUGAACCUUGUGAGGUGACUGAGCCUCUGGCCAAGAGGUCAAAGAGCUCAGAGAUGCCCAUGGAGAAGGGACCUCCAGGACCGCCACAGGUGAAGGCACAGCCUCGGGCCCCGGUGACAGUGCCCAAGCAGACCCAGACACCAGAACUGCUGCCGGAGCCAGUGGGAGCCCGAGUGCUCCCUCGGGUCCAGCCUCGGGUCCAGCAGAUCCAGCCUCAGGUGCAGCCGCAGACUCUCCUACAGAUGCCACCUGUGGAAGCCCAGGUGCCGCGGAAACUGCAGAAGCAAGCACAAACACAGACCUCCCCAGAGCACUUAGUUCCACAGCAGAAGGAGGCAGAGCAGCAGAAGCAGAUGCAGUCACAGGGCCAUGCCCGACCGCUGGAGCACGGGCAGCCGCAGCUGCAGAAGCAGGCCCAGACGCAGACGUAUCCACAGGUGCCUGACCAGGGCCAGCCAAGGGGCCAGACUCAGGAGCAGCCCUCAGAGCAGCCUUCUGCCCAGGUGCCCGUACAGUCACCGGAGCAGACCCAGAGCCAGUCUGAGCCGCAGCCACAAGGGUUGAUGUCUGCCCUAGAGCGAGCACCAGUUGCUAUGGAUGCCAUGGUGCUGGGAACGCCACCCAGCAUCAUAGCGGAGACUGGGGGAGGCACGGAGGAGGCCUUGCCAGAGCCGCUGGGGGCCCAGGUCAGGGUGGCAGCGAGCCAGGAGUCACCAGCCAGUGGUCUGCACGCGGGCGAAUGUGAAAAAAGAGCACGAGAGAUGCUUGGGAUGUGGGGUGCCGGGGGCUCCCUGAAGGUCACCAUCCUGCAGAGCAGUGACAGUCGGGCCUUUAACACCACGCCCCUCACACCUGGGCCCCGUCCCAGCGACUCUUCCUCUGCCACCCCCGCAGCCGCCAGCACGCCUUCUAAGCAGGGCCUUCACUACUUCUGCUACGUCUGCAAGGCCAGCUGCAGCAGCCAGCAGGAGUUCCAGGGCCACAUGUCGGAGGCCCAGCACCUGCAGCGGCUCGCGGAGCUCCAGCACACGAACCAAGCGUGCCUCCUGUCCCUGCUCCCCAUGCCCCGGGAUGCCCUGGAGAGAGAUGAGGAAGAGCCACCACAGAGGCGCUGGUGCAACACCUGCCAGGUGUACUAUGUGGGGGACCUGAUCCAGCACCGCAGGACACAGGACCACAAGGCAGCCAAACAGUCCUUGCGACCCUUCUGCACUGUUUGUAGCCGCUACUUCAAGACCCCCCGCAAGUUUGUGGAGCAUGUGAAAUCCCAGGGGCACAAGGACAAAGCCAAGGAGCUCAAGAUGCUUGAGAAGGAGAUGGCUGGCCAAGACGAGGACCACUUCAUCACGGUGGAUGCCGUGGGCUGCUUUGAGGGUGAUGAAGAAGAGGAGGAAGAGGAGGAAGAGGAAGAGGAAGAGGACAAUGAAGGGGAAGAGGUCGAGGUUGAGGAAGAACUGUGCAAACAGGUGAAGUCCAAAAAUGGUGAAAAAGAGGAGGAGAAGGGCUUGGAUACCUAUAGCCCCAACACUGCGUGUGGUGUGGACUUCUUGGUGCCUGUGAUGGGUUACAUCUGCCGCGUCUGCCAAAAGUUCUGCCAUAGUAACUCCGGGGGGCGGCUUUCCCACUGCAAGUCUUUGGCCCACUUUGAAAACCUGCAGAAAUACAAGGCGUCCAAGAGCUCCCGCCCCGCAUCCCGGCCAGUGAGUCGCCAGUGCGCCAUCAACGCCCGCAACGCGCUGACUGCGCUGUUUACUUCCAGCAUGGGCAGUGCUCGGCAGCCUACCCAGUUGAGCCCUCAGGACAAAGCCAAACCCCUCGGCAAGGUGACACCUCGAUCCCCUAAUCCCCUGCCCCUCCCUCGGCGCUCUAGCCGCCUUAAGACUUGAGGGUGAGAGCACCCUGAGCCCAGCUUGCUGGUGUGGAUCUGUUAAUGCUGUGUGCAAACACAUGUGCUUGGUGUUUGAACUCAAAACUGAAUAAAAGGUAGUUGGGA